CGUGACGUUUCUGAGCCUCGCAUAGAGACCUGUGACUCUCUCACUAAGCUCGAGCUGCUGCAGCUGUUCCACAUCAGGUGAUAAAACUGAUUUGUGCACGUGAAACAGAAAGGUGUUAACAAGUAAUGAGCAGUACAUUCCUGCAUAUCCACUCAGGCAGAUGAAGAAAAGCUUUUUACUAAUGCUCAGAGUGUCUCCUGGAGGUUACAAAGAUGUACCAAAUCGUACCAGCGACAGUGGGAGAUAUUGGCAUCAGUGGCAUGCGUGAAUACACCUCCCCAAAGAAAAGAGUAGAUCGGCGUGGUCGUCGCCUGAUUGUGUCCAGCUUGUUUGGGGCCGUGCUAGUCAUAGCAGCUGUGGUAGCUUGGUGCUAUUAUUCUGUGUCUCUCCAGAAGGCAGAUCUACUAAAGACUGAACUGCUAGACCUCAAUAAAGAUGGCUUUGUCAUUCGCAACCAAGUUGGAGCUAUCAUCUUCCAAAUGGCAUUCAGGUCAGGUUCCCUUGAUCUGGACUCUUGCUCCAAAGAAGGCAGAAUUCUCAGUUGCAGCCGAUCUAUGGCAGGAAAGCUUAAUUUCUUCAUCGAAACUGUGAGACCCAAGGAUACGGUAAUGUGUUACCGUGUGCGCUGGGAGGAGCUUGAUGCAUACCGUGCUGUAGAACAUGCCAUGUCCUACAGUGGCUCUCACUGGUAUGGUGGGGCAGAGUCCUGGUCCCAGCACUGGCCAAUUGUUUUUGCAGGAAACCAGGAACCCAAACCUUUCAUUACUAGUGAUGUCAAUUCCAAUCAGCCAGACUUCGGGGGCAUCCUGGAGCGUUACUGGCUCUCCUCCAAUGCAACCGCUAUCAAAAUCAAUGCCUCCGUCCCAUUCCAUCUUGGCUGGGAUGAGAACAGUAAGAUGAUGAGAUUCCAAGCACGGUAUGACGACACUCCGUAUAAGCCAGACAAUGCACAGCCUGUCCACUCUGAGCUGAGCUAUCGUGUUUGUGUUGGGUCUGAUGUGACUUCCAUACAUAAAUACAUGGUCCGUCGUUAUUUUAACAAACCCAAUAAAGUUCCUUCAGAGGCAGUUUUUAGAUGGCCAAUUUGGUCCACAUGGGCCUUGCACAAGACUGAAGUAAACCAGGAGAAGCUGAUGGCCUACGCAUCUAAGAUUCAAGCACAUGGCUUCAACUGCAGCCAUCUGGAGCUGGAUGAUCGAUAUACCAGAGGCUAUGGAGAGUUUGAGUUUGAUCCAGUCAAGUUCCCUAAUGCAACCUAUAUGUUUCAGAAACUUCGAAAGGACAAGUUUGAAGUCACGCUCUGGACCCAUCCUUUUGUGAACUACAACUCCAGUAACUUUGGAGUUGGAGUGGAAAGAGGGCUUUUUGUGCGAGAACCUACUGGCGAGUUACCUGCCCUGAUCCGGUGGUGGAAUGGUAUUGGUGGCAUUUUGGAUUUCACCAAUCCAGAAACCCGUGAGUGGUACGCCUCACACCUCCGUGCCUUAAAGAACAAAUACUCCAUAGCUUCCUUUAAGUUUGAUGCUGGGGAAACGAGCUACCUUCCCCAACAAUUUAGAACCUUCACGCCUCUGCAUGAUCCCAGCGUAUUCACUCGCCGCUACAGUGAGAUGGCAAUCCCAUUCAACGACCGUGCUGAACUACGUGCUGGGUAUCAAUCUCAGAACAUCUCCUGCUUCUUCCGGAUCACUGACCGUGAUUCAGUCUGGGGCUACGACUUGGGGCUCAAGUCGAUCAUCCCUACUGUGCUAACUGUUAGCAUUCUUGGUUAUCAGUUUGUUCUCCCAGACAUGAUUGGUGGAAAUGCUUACCCAAACCGCACUGAAGGAAAUCGUGGACUCCCUGACCGGGAGCUCUACAUCCGCUGGCUGGAACUACUAGCAUUCAUGCCAGCUAUGGAGUUCUCAAUCCCACCAUGGCUGUAUGACGAUGAGGUUGUAGAGAUCGCUAGGAAGUUUACAAAGCUUCAUGAGACCCUGGUGGCUCCUCGAGUGCUCGAACUUGCUGGGGAAGUGUUAGAUACUGGCGAUCCUAUUAUUCGCCCUUUGUGGUGGAUUGCCACAGGCGACGAAGCUGCCUACAAAAUCGAUUCACAGUUUCUCAUAGGGGACGACCUUAUGGUAGCACCAGUUCUUGAGGCAGGCAAGCAGGAGAGAGAUAUUUACCUCCCAGCUGGCAGAUGGAGAAGCUAUAAGGGUGAACAUUUUGAGAAAGGGCCAAUACAUCUAACUGACUACCCUGUGGACUUGGAUGAGAUUGCCUACUUUGUGUGGUCAGGAUGAUUUUCACUGAUAAGUGAAAUGUUUGCACACAACAGACUCAAAUCUCUAUUGGAGUUCCAUCGAACAAGCAUUCACGCACAAUUUAUUUCUUACAUUCAUGUGCCUUGUAAUUGUAAUGUCACUAACCAGCAUACAUAAUAUUAAAUUUGAACAAGUUUUCAAAAAAAUAUUCAAUAUCAACAGAAAUGUUUUGAAAUGGAUUCUAGGAAGGUAGAAGUUACCAUUUCUGAUUUCACCUGUUGAGAGAAAUGUAUGCAUUGGCUUUUGGACUUUUAACAUAGAAUGUCAGUGAAUGUUCCCAACAGUUCUCGAAUGGAGGAAAUGUAUUAACAGGUAUUAGGUAAUAGGUAUUACAAAGGGAUCUACCAAAGGGAGUGGGACAAAUGUAACCAAUCUAACUUAUGACCACAUUCCAUCAGAGGAAGCGUAAUUGUUGUAGUGACACACUGGGAGUUUUAUAUAUGGUUACGAAUUGCUACUUACUUUGACAGCACAUGCAUUAAAAAAGAAAGCACAAAAGGAAACAUUGAACCUUGAUAGGAAACAACAAUGCAUUUUGGUCUGUUCUUUUUAUCCUCCUUAAAAAUGCAUUAAAAACUACUGACCAUGCCAGCAUCCAGCAACCGCAUUAAACACGUUACAUGAUCUACAGUAUGGCUUUAAUAUGUAAAUAAGUGUUUGUCUUCAGAUUAUUUUCUUCUCCUGCUGAUUAUUAAUUAUGGUAAUUGCAGAUACUGUUCUCUGUGAGCUGUUUGCCUUCAGUUGCUUUAAGAAUUUAAAAUGAACAGGGCAAUAAGAUUUAUUUAUUUAUAAUAAAUCCGAAGAGGCUUUGAAGCCAAAUAAAAAAGGUUUGAUUGUAUUGCACUGAUACUGUGAAUUAAAUUACUUUCCAGAUUAUUAAUACAGCAAGAGAUAAUCAAAGCAUCAAAUGUAACAAAACAUAACAAGCCUUGCCUGUUAGAUAUAAAAUGGAAAGUUGUCAAGUUUAUUUAUUGUUGACUGGCUGCAAAUAAAUCAAAUUUUUUUAGACUAUG